AUGCUGCUCCUGCUGCCCUUGCUCUUUGAGGGACUCUUCUGCCCUGCAGAGAGCAUAGCAGGUCCCCAGGCCCCAGGAUCCUCUUAUCUAGUGGAAGAAGAGCCCCUCACUUUCUGCCUGCGCCAGAUCUCCUCCUUUGCAAACCACAGCUGGGCAUACACUCAGGGCUCAGGCUGGCUGGGCAAGCUGCAGACACAUGGCUGGGACAACGUCUUGGGUGCCAUCCGCUUUCUGCGGCCCUGGUCCCAUGGGAACUUCAGCAAGGAGGAGCUGAAGAACCUCCAGGCAUUAUUUCAGUUGUACUUGCAAGGUUUUAACCCGGCGGUGAAAACCUUUGCCAGCCAGUUUCAGUUUGAAUAUCCCUUUGAGAUGCAGUUAGCAGCUGGCUGUAGGUUGCGUGCUGGGAAGGCCCCAGAAAGAUUUUUAAAAGGAGCAUAUCAAGGAACAGAUUUCUUGAGUUUCCAAGAGGAUUCCUGGAAGCCAUCUCCAGGAGCAGGGAGCCAAGCCCAGAAUGUCUGCAGAAUGCUCAAUCGGUACAGAGAUGUUAAAGAAAUAGUGCAGGGUCUUCUCAUUGACACCUGCCCUCGAUUCCUGGCAGGCCUCCUUGCAGCAGGGAAGACAGAACUGGAACAUCAAGUGAAGCCAGAUGCUUGGGUGUCUAAAGGUCCCACUCCCAGGCCUGGCCAUCUGCUGCUGGUGUGCCAUGUCUCUGGUUUCCAUCCAAAGCCUGUGUGGGUAAUGUGGAUGCAGGGGCAGCAUGAGAAGCAAGGCACUCAGCGAGGUGAUGUUCUACCCAAUGCUGAUGGGACCUGGUAUCUCCAAGUAACUUUGGAAGCAAAGACUGGUGAAACAGCUGGCUUGUAUUGCCGAGUGAAGCACAGCAGUCUGAGAGGCCAUGAUAUUAUCAUCCACUGGGAUAGAUACUCCAUGCUCCUGACUUUGAUCCAUUUGACUGUUUUAGUCACACUGGUCGUGCUGAUUGUCUUUGGGUUUUGGUUGAAAAAGCAGAGGUGA